AUGGAGCACCUCGGCGCUCACCACCUGCACCAAGGCCAAGCCGAGCCCAUCAGCUUCGGCAUCGACCAGAUUCUCAACACGUCGGAGCCGGGCAGCUGCAUGGUGUCGCACCCGCGGCUGCAGGACUCGGCGGACUACGGGCUGGGCUGCAUCGUGGGCAGCGCCUAUAACACGGUCACGGGUGGCUACGGGGCGAGCGGCGGCGCGGCCGGCGCUUCGCUGGGCAAGCGGCCGCAUUCCUCGCCGCCGGAGUCGAGCGGUGCCCGGCGGGUGCCCGCAGCACCCAGGGAAGGCGCCGGGGCCGCCGCCGAAUUUUUGCAGCCCGUGCGUGUAUGUCGGCGGGGAAGCGGCGGCUUCGCAGCGCGGAGGGUGGGUGUCCCCAGCCCAGCACCCGGGAGCCGGAGCCCCUCUGCUGAUGUGUCGCUGCUUGCUUCUUUGCCUCUCAUCCCCCCUCCUCCCGUGUCCCCCCCAGUGGCCCUCUCACCCUUCACUGUAACACGCCGUAUAGGUCACCCCUACCAGAACCGCACGCCCCCCAAGAAGAAGAAGCCGCGCACCUCCUUCACCCGCCUGCAGAUUUGCGAGCUGGAGAAGCGCUUCCAUCGGCAGAAAUACCUGGCUUCGGCCGAGCGCGCUGCCCUUGCCAAGGCCCUCAAGAUGACAGAUGCCCAAGUGAAGACCUGGUUCCAGAACCGGCGUACCAAGUGGAGGAGGCAGACAGCGGAGGAGCGGGAGGCUGAGCGGCAGCAAGCAAACCGCAUCCUCAUGCAGUUGCAGCAGGAGGCCUUUCAAAAAACCAUCAACCAGCCCAUCCAAGCAGACCCUAUCUGUGUCCACAACUCCUCUCUCUUCGCCCUCCAGAACCUCCAACCGUGGUCUGACGACUCUACCAAGAUCACCAGUGUCACAACUGUUGCCUCUGCUUGUGAAUAA